UGGUAAAAAGCUGCCAGACUUCCGCAUAGCAACCAGACGUAGAACGCGGCAACACACCAAACAUUUCAGCGUGAGACCGGAAGAGGGUACGCUACGCACCUGUGGCAUGCCAGCCAUUUAGAAGAAAAACGCUACUGUUAUUACUUUAAAGCCCGUUUCAAGUUUUAUGCAUUAUGUCAGCGGCACAAAUACAAAAUAACGUGUCCAUAUACAGUAAAGUGUCUUUAUCCGACCAGCGCGCUAAGCGACUUUGGCUUCACGUUGCCCUUAGUUACCGUUAGCUAUCUGUCACAAACUAGCCGAGUCUCAAAAUUCAAACUCGUGUUAACUUUAAAAGUUCACUCGGUUCACUUUCUUUCCAGUAUUUAAAUAGUCGAUGAAGCUCGAGAAUUCGUCGAUUGCUUUUGAGAAGAUGGCGAUGUCGAGUCUCAACAACUUGGCAUGGUAGAGAGGCGACAUUGAAGGACGUAUGACGACGGGGGAUUUGCCUGACACACAAUGUCAAAAGCUCAAUUCAAGAAAAAGGAGUCCACUUCCAGCAAAAUAUCCGACGUGCAGGCAGAAGUAUGUUCGGCACCCAUCGCUUCCACGGAUAGCCUGGAUGACGUGUGGCCUGAGUGGAAUGACGGAGAUGUCUACAGGGAGAAAUGGGACUCAGGCAAAGUGCCAGAAGAUCCAAAGAAGCCUCCUGUUUUAAAUCUUUUCUUUGAGGACCCAGAGGGGAGAAUUAGUCUUCCGGCUUCUUUGAACGUGCAGUACUGGAGGCGUCCGACAGAGUUUCUUGUCAGCAUGGUGCCCACAGUUAUUGAAAACACACACAGCUUUGACCUGGUGUCCUCCAACCAACAUCUGCUACACAGUGAGUUGAUGAGGUGGAUCAUCAGUGAGAUCUACAUCGUUUGGAAACUCUUUCACCACCGCGAAGUUUCCGACCAUUACGGCUGGAAACCUUGGGAGCACAUCUACUCGCUGUGCAAGCCGGGGAAAGGCCACGUGCCGCUCUUCAACAGCUACGGGAAAUACCUGGUGCGCCUCUUCUGGAUGGGUUGCUGGAGGAAGAUAACGGUGGAUGAUUCCAUGCCGUUCGACAAAGACCACAAUCUGCUGCUGCCGGCGUCCAGCUGUCGGGCGGAGCUGUGGCCCAUGCUGUUGGCCAAGGCGCUCGUCAAAGUUAUGAACACAAGGCCGCUCAGUGAAAAUGUCAACAGGAAUAAAAUGGCGCAGCUCUCCGAUGAGAUUGGAGAGUUCAACUUCAUCCACCAUCUUACCGGCUGGAUCCCGGAAUUCAGUCCGAUAAACUACGUGUGCCGUCGAAAAACGUGGGAUUUCUUACAAGGCAGCAUCCCGGAAUUCAUCCACAAAUCCCCUAAAAUGCAGCCCAAGAAGAGUCGCGCACAAUUGAGGUGGAGUUUGGCCCUCAGUGAACACAGGAGCCAUCGGGACACGGACAAAGGGAGCCCCAAAUUGGUGGUGUGCGCCAGCUUCUAUCCCAAUCAGCUGCAUGACGACCCCUAUGUGUACACAAAAAUGGCCGACUCCUCUGAAGCUCUCCGUCGCUACAACCUCUGUCUGCGCCACAGCCACGUCGUCCUGUUGACCCAGACCCGAACGUGCCCCUUGGUGUUACCGUCCCAGCCUCCGCCUGAGCCGCAAUGGAAACUGUUCCGCAAGAAAAGCGAGAAGCCUGUGAUCAGCGCCGAUCCACAAAUCAUACCCGUGUCCGAACCUGAGGAGUUCAUCGGCAUCGCCAGCCCCUUCAUCGACCAGCGUGUCAAGAGCCCCCCGAGCCGACCCGCACAGCGAAUGGACAAGUGGAACGUUCCGAAGAAGCUGUCCUACAUGCCCCAUCUGGACUCCAUCCCUGAGGGAGCGGAGAACGAAGGCCGCGAGCCCAUCGACCCCGAUGCGGCUGAAAGCGACGUUAACCGGGAGAGUGUCGUCGAGGAAGUCGAGGUUCCCGCAGAGGACAACAAGAAGAAGGACGAUGACGUUGUCUCCAUUGUUGUCAUGGUUAAAAAGAAGCUCCCCCCCCCACUCAGUCGUUUGUUGGUGUUCCAUAACUCGGAAACGUACCCGCACCAAGCCCAGAAGUCUCUUCUUAAGUGCUCCUAUGCGCGGGGGACGUACUACUUGUGCGUGGACAGCCUGCAGCCUUCCCAGAUCCUCAUCAGUUUCUCUGGCCUGCUGCGCUGGGGAGGAAUAGACACUACUAAUGACAUUUCAGCAACUCGCUGCCCCGCCCUUCUCCAGGCUGCCCCGUUCCACUGGAAGAGCAGACGGUGUCAGCCGCCCGUAGUCACCAUCGAGACCAACUGCUCCAAAGCCACCGUGCUGAAUCUACCCGAAGGGCGUCAUGUUUUGUCCUUCCACACGUACGCCGAGCUGGGCUACCAUGUGCACCUGUGCAGCAAAACACCUUUCUCCUUUGGGGAGGAGGAUGCCAUCAUGUCGCUCUGUACCAAGGAAAGUCUUCGUUUCAGUGAGAAAGCAAAGGUUAUCAUGCGUGCCCUGUCCAAAGUGGUUGCUUCCUUCCACGACCGGCAUGGCCAAAAGCCUCACAUAAGACACAGCCUGGAAGAAGCUUACAGUCCCAAACAAACCCAGCUGGAAAACUGGCAGGUCCAAAAGGUGUUCAGCUUGGCUGUCUAUCAUAUGCUGUGUGAUGCCCUUGGCAGGGAAAUGACCCCUCAGGAGCGCUUUGCCGUACUGGCCCUGACUGCUGACCCUUCACUGCUGGCUAGGGCACGCAGACCGCACUCCCCUGCAUCGCGUCAGGAGUUAAAGCCUCCGGAAACGUGGAUUGACAGGCAGCCGACAGAGGAGGAGGUCAAGGCAGCGACUGUCCUGCAGGCUGCCUUCAAGGGAUUCUUGGUGCGAAUGGUCUGCAAUUCCUCCAAAGCAGGCACCAAGGAGAGCAUCCGUGCGUCCGCAGUGCUUUCAGACAUGUGGUCAAAGGUGGAAUGUGACUUUGACAAACACGCUGCCUCCCUGCUCGGGUACAUGUUUGAGCUCUCCGACAGGGAAACCAUAAUCUACCCGUGUCAGAUGGAUGAAUGGACCAAAGUCGUCUUCACCGACUACUCCGUCAAUCUCCCGGACAAAGCCAACUCCUGGAUCUUGGUCUUCAGAGAGGUGUUCUUUUUUACGAAGGAGACGUUACUGUUGCCAAAGGUCUACAGUCCGGUCUCGUAUUCUCGCCUGCACGUCAUUAAUAACGACACCGGAGAAGAGCUGAGCAAGCUCAUCACAAGAGUCCCGCCCCUUCUUUAUCAACCCAAUGAGCUGGGUUACACGUUUGUCGCCGAGGUCGUCACACCUGAAUCGCCACCCGCUAACGCCAAGUGGACCUUGCGCUUGACUGCCACCCGAGAACCUCUCCCGAAAUUGUCCCACGUGCCUCCGCUCAACACGUUUGCCGUGCAGGAAUUCCAGGAUUAUUACAUUCCCAACAAUAACAAUAUUAUAUGUGGUUAUACUUUGAAGGUGACCGUGCCUCUCGUCGGCACUGUUCACUUUCAGACAUCCAGCCGUUAUGUCAAGAUACGUCUGUCAAUCUUGGAGCAAGAGACGGUAGUUGCCAGCGCCAUUGGCCAAGGCCACGUUGUCAUUCCCGUCGCCAGCUUUCUGCCCAACGAAGAGAAGGAGGAGGAGGAGGAAGAAGAGGAGGAGCUAAUAGCUCCCAGUGGCGCGGUAGAAGAGAACCAGCACACGCCCCCGGUCCAGGAGGACGAGAUCAAGGUGUUAGAUGACAGCACGGACGAAGACGAGGAGAGCAGCACGUCGGGGAAAUCAGACAGCGAAGAUGACCACUUGCCGCCGCCCACCAAGGCGCCGGAUCACAGGUAUUUGCUGAGGGCAGAGGUACUGCACCACAGCUGGGAUUUGGAUGAGUCCCAAUUGGCUUUCGCCCAUCUGCUCAGUUUCAAAGAAACCCAAGUGUUCUUUCCGGAGGAAUUGAUGGAAUCAGUUUCUGCCACGUCGGGCAGUGAUGAACCGAGUACGGACACAGCCAAAGGCAACCGAAAAGGCGAAGAUGACAAGGGGAAUGGGAGCUCCUCAUCUGUCUCCAGAGAAGAAACGGGCCUUGACCUGACCAAGGCCAACUACACGCUGCGUGUGGCUGUCGACAAGAGCCAAGCUGAGAACAUUGUGGUGAAGAAGGAUGUUGAGCGAAUAGAGCAAAUCAAGGCUAUUAAAAGAGCCUGGGAGGCGGCUGAGCCGGGCCGCGCUGCCAAGGCAUGGCAGUUACGUCUCAACUGGAUCAGUCAAUUUUAUCCCCCCAAAGAUGGUGACAUUCCAGUUCCAGAGGUGUCCUCCACCGAAUCGGAUGACGGCUGCAGCCCGAUUCCUCCUGACGCUCCCAGUAUUCCAAUUGAACAGCUGUUAAGCAUCGUCGUUCCUCCCUUGGACUACACACCGUUCAUCAGAACGAAAAAUGACACCCCAGUCCUGUUGAACGCCGAGAUGGAGGAGAGCCAGCGGAAGAAGCGCUUAGAAAAGAUCCAGGCUUACCAGAUGGAGCGCGACCUACUGGUGGAGGAGCGCGAACGCAAAGCCACCACCAGGAGGGAACGGAUGCAAGGGAUUCUGACGCAGUACGAGGACCAGCAGACGGCGAUGGUACAGGAGCAACAGAAAUUCCACGACAUGCGCACGCAGCAGAAUCAAAAAUCCAACGACACCCGCAAAUGGCUUAAUAACCGCAUAAAAAGGAGGGAGGAUAAACUCGCAGUGGAUGAAACCUAACCGGCCGCUCCAUGGAUGCGAAACAAAAUUCCCACUUGGCCUCACGCGAGUCUGUUUGAAGCCAAGACAACACAUCUCAGGGUUUUACAUUGGCUGCGUUCACUCGCUAAGAUGCGAAUCCAUCACUAUUGACAGUAUCUUAUCGAUUGUCAAGUGACUGGAGCAAAGAAGUCAAGAUAGGCAGCCACAGUGUGCCAAAGUAUUACAACUUAUGGACCUCAGCAUGACCACUAAAAAUUGAGUCUUUGAGAAAAAGCUGACAGGGGGAAAUGAGUGAAGGCGUGGAAUGAAUGAGUUUUGGACCUUCUGGCUGUGAAGUGACAGUUCUAAGCAAUGUGCAAAUCUGUCAGUCUCUUGCACAAAUACAAAACAAACUGAACAAAAAUCAACUUACUGUACAGUUGUUCAUCACCAUAUCACGGCUCAACUAUUUGGGCUCUCACUGUAUUCCAGAUUUUAAAAAUAGUUUUUUUUUGAAUUAUUUCUUUUUUAUAGUGAUCCCCCCCCCCCCCAAAAAAAAGUAUGUGUCACAUCACUGUGUACACAACUACACAUCUGCAGUUAGGUAACGAAAAAAAAAGAAAACAAUAUUUUUGUUUACGAAAUAAAAAC